GGGAGGCCGGGGCUGUACUUCCUCAGUGGGGUGCCGGGAAUUUGGCCUCAGCAGCAUUGGGGGGCCAGGGCUGGACCUCCCCUUCCCCCAUAGCAACAGCAGGGUGCAGGGAACUUGACCUCAGCAGCAUUCGCCCAGCCCCCAUAGCCACAACGGGGCGCAGUGCACCUGACCUCAGCAACGAGGGAGGGCUCGGGCUGGACUGCUGUAAACUUGGCCUGAGAAGCAGGGGUGGGGCUGAGGCUGGACCUCCCCUUCUCCCAUUAUGGGGUUGUUGUAAGACUCAGAAAUCCAGGAUUCCAUGAGUGUGACCUUAGAGUCACAAGUCAAUUUUCUCUUAUAUCAAUUUAAGCAGCCCCUCCAAUCUUUCCUUUUCCUAGGUUGCUGUGGUCAAUAAAAUCAUUACCUAGUGGGCACCCUUCUGAUAAUGGAUCUUUUCUUACUUAGCUAAACUGGUCCUCUGCCAGAAAACACAGCCUGUCAGUGACUCCCAACUCAAAGCCUUUUCAGCUUGGUAAAAAUCCACCAGUGUUUGUCCUCCACCUUUGAGAAUGUUGAAUCACCUCCCCACACACUAUAGUGCUUCAGAAUAGGAUGUUUCCCUCAUUUUGUCAAAAAAAAAAGGGAGUGAUAAUAUUUAUGCCUCCUAUCUCUGUGAACUGAAAAGUGCUUUGCAAAUUAAGGCUGACAACAAUUUAAAAAAAACCCCCAGCUAUUAUUUAUAUAGUACUUUAUGGUUUAGUUUAAGAGAAGGAAGGACAGAGAUGAGUUGGAGAUAGAGACUAGAGUGGAGCAGUUCAAAUUCAGUUAAGAGGAAAUGGAAGAGGAAAAGGAUUUGACAUGUAGGCUGAAGGAGUGAGAAGGAAGAGGACUUGUGGGUGGAUCUGGUGAUGGGAGAGAGGAGACAAUAAAUUGGCAGAGCCCUGUGAAGCCAGAGGAGAUGGACUGGUCUGAGCUCUACCCCAAGUUCUUUGCCCCACUGACCCACAACCAGAACCAUGAUGACUCAAAGGAUGAGAAAGAAGAGGGAGCUCAGGCCCAAGUGGAAUUUGCAGACAUAGGCUGUGGCUAUGGUGGUUUGUUAGUGGAACUAUCCCCGAUGUUCCCAAACACGCUGAUCCUUGGCCUCGAGAUCCGGGUAAAGGUCUCAGAUUAUGUUCAAGAUAGGAUCCGAGCCCUUCGAUCUACUUCUGGGGGUGGCUUCCAGAACAUCGCCUGUCUUCGUAGCAAUGCCAUGAAGCAUUUACCCAACUUUUUCCACAAAGGGCAGUUGACAAAGAUGUUCUUCCUCUUUCCUGACCCACACUUCAAACGGACCAAACACAAGUGGCGAAUCAUCAGCCCUACACUGCUGGCGGAAUAUGCCUAUGUCCUGAGAAUUGGGGGGCUGGUAUAUACCAUCACUGAUGUGAUGGAACUGCACAGCUGGAUCUGUACCCACUUUGAAGAACAUCCCUUGUUUGAGCGAGUACCCCUAGAGGAACUGGUUGAUGACCCUAUUGUGGGACGUCUUGGUACUUCAACUGAAGAAGGGAAGAAGGUUCUUCGAAAUGGGGGGAAGAACUUCCCAGCCAUCUUCCGGAGAAUUCAGGACUCCGUUGCCUAACGACCAGCCCCUGCUCCACUGUGGCUGGACGCUGACCUCUGGCCCUGCCAUAUCUAGAUCUAUUCUCCCUGUGUCUGGGAAGAAUGACAGAGGCUCUUCUGCCUUCUGAAUGGAAGUGGGCAUCUCUGUGCUGCACUGUUUCUGCUCCAGGCCCGGGAGCUGAAGUGAGGAGGGAAGGGACGGAGAUGUUCUGAGCAGCUUCCUUGACUCCUUGAUUAUUCUUCAGGCCAUUUUUCACCAGGAAGCAGAUGGAAAAUACAUACCUCAAGCCUAAGACAAGUUAGAAAGUGUUCCUAAGUUAAAGGAGACUGAUUCUUUAGAACCCCUUUCAGCCAGGAUGUGCUCUGUGUAGCUGGAAUAAGGAAACAUGUUGCACUGCCAGCUAAACUUCUUGCUGGGCUCAGAUCA